GUGUGGCUUGCGCCCCGCGUCUCGCGUUUCGACCCAGUGGCUGCUGCCGAACAACUGACCGCAUGCAUAUUAAAUCAGCCAGGCCGCAACUCUGUUACUCCAAGACAAGACCCCGGACGCGUACCAGACAUGAUUUCUGUCAUCCUUGACACUUGCGACGACAAACGCGCAAUGACACCGCCCCGACAAGGCUGAGCCCCGAUAUGAUGCGCUUGGCCGGCCUGGACGGCAGUGGCGGAGGCGCCACAAAACGUGGCUGCUCAACCUGUCAACUUUGCUGAUCCAUAUGAUCUCACAUCCUCCGCCAAACUAACACGCAUUGCGCCCAACAGUCUCCUUUGCAUCCACUCCUUGUUUCUUGUCCUUCUUUCUCUUCCACGCACACAUACGGCCCAUUUUGUCCCUCCAAGGUCAACUGACUCCUGCAAUGGCUUCGGCAACGGGCCUUACGCCCGCCCAAGAAACGGCCUUCCGCCGAGGCACAUACCAGGGCAAGCAAUUGACAUCGGAGCAGCGCGAGGAACUCAUGAAGCCGUUUCUGCCAUCUGAGCCCACUUCGUCCUCCGAUCGCGAAAUCAAGAAAGCUGCACCCACCCGGCGCCGCAAAUCAAUCCACAAGAAGCGGACAGGACCCGUUCGCGCAUUCAUAUAUGUCCUCGUAUACCAGAUUAUCUCACUCCUCUUCUCUGUCUUCUUUCGAUUCCGCCACGCCUACAGACUCGUCAGGGGCAAGAUUGUGGAGCUGCUCAAGUACCACCACCGCACCCCCGAAUUCAUCGCGCACGAUGUCAAGUCGCUCCAAAAGAUGCCCAAGCACCUGAGCGUCAUUGUCGACUACCAAGAGGACGACGAGCACCAGGGCAACGCAGGCCUAGAAGGACUAGUCAACGACGUGUGCGAGAUCGCAGCUUGGACCGCCUCGGCCGGCAUCCCUUUCUUGAGCGUGUACGAGAGGACCGGUGCACUUAAGAACUACCUACCCCAGACCCACGCCAGCAUCUGGAACACGCUCGAAGCGUACUUCGGGCCCCGCAGAAAGCCCACCCUCUCCCUCCGCGCUCCCCACCUCAGCUCCUACUCGCCGCCCAACACUCCCCCCCAGACCGCAGCCGCAGACGGCGAUGUCGGCGAGGAGCGCCAACACCUCACGGUUCUGCUGCUCUCGGAGCAUGACGGCCGCGAUACUAUCGUGGAUCUGACACGCACGCUGGCCGAGAUGGCGCAGAAGGGCGAUGUGCGCCAGGAGCAGAUCAACAUGGACCUGAUCGAUGCGCAGCUGAGCGAUCAUGUGAGCAGCGAGCCUGACUUGCUGAUUCUGUUCAGCCCGACGGUGCAGCUCAAGGGGUACCCGCCGUGGCAGCUGAGGUUGACGGAGAUCUUUCAUCUUCCUGAUAACAAGGGUGUUAAUUACCAGGUUUUCUUGCGUGCGUUGUAUAACUUUGCGAAGGUCGAGAUGCGUUUGGGAAGGUAGUGAGUGUGUUGGAGAGACUAAUCUCCUGUUGUUACAAUACCCGGCUUCAAUAGCCAGUAAUCCAAUAUCAAAGUAUUCCCUACUCCUGGCUUGCGCAUGAUUGGGCGGGACGCGAUUGUGGCUUUUAGUGAUGCAAAGCUACGAAAGGAGUAUUGUUGGUAC